ACAAGCGUGUGCAGAAAUGGCCGUUGAUGGACUCUCCGCUCCCCACGCUGGCUAUCAGCUCCUCGUACCUGCUGUUUCUCUGGCUGGGGCCCAAGUACAUGCAGGGCCGAGAGCCCUUCCAGCUGAGGAAGACCCUCAUCAUCUACAACUUCAGCAUGGUUGUCCUUAACUUCUUCAUAUUCAAAGAGCCGCCCCGCCGCCAGCCCCGCCGCGAGACCACGGCCAAACCCGGCAAAGCCCUUCAUAACGGAGCCUUUAACGGAGCCCUGACCUCCAGUAACGGAAACGCCGGCAAGACGGACGAGAAACCGGCAGCGGCCGAGAGCGGCAGGAGAAAGAGGAAGGGCAGAGCGAAGCGCGAAUAAAAACGGCUGACAGGUUA